CUAUUUGAGGACUUGGUUAGCGCGAACGUGCACGCGGGCAUUGCGGACCAGCUGGUGGCAGUUGUGAAGAGCGAGUUGCUGAGCGCAAACAAAGCCGCGACCAACCGCAACCUACAAGCCGUGGCCCGCAAGCACGUGCUCGCGGCGCUUGUCACAUUCGCAGACCCACUCGCAAGCGCGCGGCGCGCGGUGCUGAAGGCGCAGCUGCACGUGAUCGUGCUGUUCGGCACUAACGGCGUCGGCAAAAGCACCACGCUCGCGAAGCUGGCGACGCUGCUGCGCAGCAGCGUGAGCUCGAAGAUUUUAGUCGCAGCCUGCGACACGUUCCGCAGCGGCGCGGUCGAACAGCUCGCGCUGCACGCACAGCACGUGCCGUUCGAUCUGUUCCAACAAGGCUACGGGCUCGAGCCAAGCGCGGUUGCGAGCCGCGCGCGGCAGCACGCGCUCGCGCGGCAGUACGACGUUCUGAUCGUCGACACCGCCGGACGGCUGCACACGGCCAACGAGCUGCUGAAGCAACUGAGCGCCGUGGUAGACGCUUGCGCUUCAGACCUGAACGUGUUCGUGUGCGAAGCGACGGUCGGCAGCUCGGGACUCGCGCAGCUGUGCGCGUUCGACGAGACGAUGAAAAAGCAAACUGCGAGAAAACGCGGCGUGGACGGCAUCAUUUUGACGAAGCUCGACUGCGUCGACGGGAAAAUGGGCACGGUGCUGAACGUUGCGUUCGAGUCGAAAAAGCCAGUGCUGUUUGUCGGGAACGGGCAGACCUACGCGGACUUACGCGUCAUUUCGGUAAGUUAUGAACUAGUUGGUACUUGUCGAUGGCCGACAGAAGCACCAUGA